UAAUGAAGGGUCUAAAUGUGUGCACAGAUGAAUGAGACUAUCAUAGCUAAAAAUGCUUAGGCGAACAUAAGCACCUUUAUUUUUAAGAGUGUAACUUACUGCAGAAACCACAACGUUUGCAUUGUAAGAUUACUUUAAUAGUAUCUCAAUACAGAGCCGCAAAACAAACAACAGGACUGAAAUAAUGAAGUAGCAUUUCCGUUUUAAUGCAAUACAGUUUUCUUCAGUUUACGAACACACAUGAGUCAUUUGUGAAGAGCCUGGACUUUUAUUGGCAGGAGUGGAGAGUUGAUUCACUCGCACAGUCAGGAGAACUGAAGCUCAGAUGGGGAACUGACAGCACACACAAACAAUCCAGAUAAUACUUUAUCAUCAUUUUUCUGGCGGGAAUAUAAACAACUGCAGGCGCUACAUUGUUACCAGUCGCGGGAAUCAUCUGUUACUUUGUAACUUCGCUGUGAAUGGAUACGGAGUUUCUUUUGAAGGAGUAGCCGACAGGCUAACUAACAAACCAACGACGAGACAUGAAGACUUCGGGUUUAUAUUCAGACCAACAAGUUGUAGAAACAAUAUGACUCAAGUAUUAACAAUUUAUAAAACGUUUUAUUUCAGUUUUUUUCGCUCGAGCUGAACAUAUGUGUUGUGAAACACUGGACUCGUUUACGGUCCAGAGUAAAGAAAGAAUGGCAGAGGAACUAAACACACUGUGAACUGUUUGAACCGCUCAGCACCUCAGUGGAGGAGGCGUCUCUUUCUCGAUUGGAUUUACUGCAGUAUCUUACAGCGAUGUCAGACAGACUCACAGGUUUCCUGCAAUGAUGUCUGCGCUUUGACGGCUUACAUUGUAGCCUCGUUGUAAUGCUGGCCCUCGGAGUGGAUCGUGGAAAACGAGGAGGGAAUGGCGUUGCAGGAGGAACAGGAGGGAAGCCUGUGGCGGCACGGCAGUCUGCCGUUACUGUGCGUGAGCCUGGCAUCAACAUCAAGCAGAAGAUUUCCCAAUGGGAAGAGCUCAGGCAACUGGAGGAAGUCCAGAAGAUGAAAGUUAAAACGCACACACGAAAUCUUUCAGGUGACCUUGUCGGACGCGGGUUUAGUGAUGGAGUACGUAACAAAGGAACUUUGUCGAAAGUUAAAAGCCUGGGUUUGGAUUUCAGGGAAUGCAAGGUGUCUCAUAAACCAGUUGUAGAUGGAUUCCCUUGGGAUCUACCUAGAAAUCGAUCGCAUGUUAAUACAUUGAUAACAUCAACAUCUCCAACAAAGCCUUUGACGACUUUGACACAAGUCCAGUCUCCGGUUAAAACCCACUCUCGCUCUCGUUCAGCCGACCUUGUUGGAAACGGUUUUGAGUGCAAUAGAAGCGACGAAGUGCGUAACAAAGCUAAAGUUAAAACCCUGGGUUUGGAUUUCAGGGAAUACCAGGUGUCUCAUAAACGGGUUUUGGAUGUCCACUCUGUUUUGCCAAGAAAUCAAACUCAUUUGAAUAAAUGUGGAACAGCAACUCUUGCAACUAAACCAGCGGCCGAUGUCCAGCCCCCUGUAACCAAACCGAAUGUUAGAAAUGUUAAAAGCAAUCAUCUUAAUGCAAUCAACUUUGCAGAAGUUGAAAUUACGUCUCUACCUCAUUGUGUGGACGACCCAGAGGCAUCGCUACCUCCCGGGAACUUUUAUACUUCUAGGGGUUUCUGGAAAAGACUGGAGAAAGAUGAACCUUUCUGGGAGAGAGAAAAAGAUUCCCAAACUGUGACCAAGGGUCUUGAUGAAACGAGACACUGUCCCCAGAACCUGACUUCUCCUCCACCUAAACCACAGCGUACAUUCCAGUAUAAGGGUGUGAGCAGUCCGCCGGGCCAGUGGAUCCAGUUGGAGAAUCGGACUUCAUCAGUCGGUAAAUCCAACCAAGUGCGGAGGAAUGACAUCACACUUAAGCCACCCAGCUGUCCGCCGCCUCCUUGUCCAGUAAACACCAUCAGCGGAAUUUCCAGAAACAGAAAGAACAGAAAGUCGUUUGAGUUUGAGGACGUGGUACGGCUGACAGCCCAGCAGACCUCCAGAGAAAAGGAGGGGAGGCGUUCUGGUCUUUUCCACGCCCUGUCUGAGGACAGCAUCUAUGAGGACAUCAUCUUGGACAUGUCAAGGGAGAGCCCUUAUGAAGACAUCAAACUCUCGCCCAUGUGUUUACCCAUAAGACGGCCACGACAUUAUACAGUUGGCCAAAGUCAAAGCCCACAUAUGAAGAUCUCACCGAAACCCUUCACACUACAGGCGAACGUUGACCGACUGCAGGACAACAGAGAACCUUCAUCUACUCGUCUCUCUUCUGCAAACACUCCUAAAUCAUCCACGACUAAACCUGCUGCUGUGUACAAGACACACAGACAACCCUCGAUUGUAAAUUGGAUUCAGGAAAUUUUUGAAGCCAAGAGAGGACGGAAACGCGUGUGGGCAACAGCAAGCAGAGAUGAAUUAAGUGGAACAGAGAGUGAUCCAGAGGAGACAUCUAAAGGUCGCUCCCAGCGUACAGUCUACGUUCAGUCAACGUUAAAGCGACGGCCGGGCUACCGCACUUUAGAGCGAGAUCUGAUUCAGCUUCAAGAGCAGAAACUUUUCCAGCAGUUUGUUGUGGUGUCGCUUAGAAAAAGUUCCCCUGGAAACACUUACACGCCUGAGAUCACGCAACAGUUCCCUAGAAAGUUUGAGAAGUCUUCUCGAUUGUCUCGUGAGGCUGAGGACAGAUUGAAGGCCAUUCCCAAGUUCUGUUUUCCUGACUGCCAGGACUGGCGUCCCUCAUCGGAUCACACAAGUGAAACUUUUUCAUUUGUCCUCACGGGGGAAGAUGGCAGUCGCUUAUUUGGAUAUUGCCGCAAAAUCCUGCCCAGUGGGAAAGGGAAGAGACUGCCUGAAGUUCACUGCAUCAUCAGUAGACUCGGCUGCUUCAAUCUCUUCUCCAAGAUCUUGGAAGAGGUGGAGAGGAGAAGAGAGAUUUCUCCCGCUUUGGUUCAUCCUUUUAUGCAAAGUGUCAUGGAAGCACCUUUCCCGGCUCCUGGACGCACCAUCUCCGUCAAAAGCUUUCUACCGGGCUCUGGGAAUGAAGUUUUGACUCUGUGCAGGCCGGUGGACUCGCGUUUGGAGCAUGUGGAUUUCGAAAGCUUGCUGCAGUGUCUGAGUGUCACUACGCUCCUGCAGGUCUUUGCUUCUCUGCUGCUGGAGAGGAGAGUCAUCUUCAUCGCAGACAAACUUAGUGUCUUAUCUCGAUGUGCUCACUCGGCCCUGGCACUGCUGUAUCCCUUUACCUGGCAGCACACUUUUGUACCCGUGCUUCCGGCCAACAUGCUGGACAUCUGCUGCUCUCCCACACCCUUCCUCAUGGGGGCGCUGUCACCAUCCCUGCCUCAAGUUUUGGAUAUGCCCAUUGAAGAGGUUCUUAUUGUGGAUUUAUGUGCGGACAAGUUUGUCGUUCAACUCGGAGAUGAAGACUGUAUCUUACCCAGAAAGCUGCAGGCAGCACUUCAGGAGAUACUGGACAACAGACACGAGAUGUUACAUCAAAACUCAAGAGACAAGAGAGAAGAUGAGUCCGAGCUGAGCACAUUGGUGUCAGAAGCAUUUGUUUGGUUCUUUGUUGAGCUGGUCGGACAUUAUUCCCUCUACAUGAAUGAAGGAGGGCCUGGUGGUGCACGAGAGCUUCAGAGAGACGCUUUCAGAAAAUCUCAUCCUUCCCGAGGAGUGCGACAGUUCCUGCAGCUCUUCAUGGACACACAGAUGUUUGCCGGGUUCAUUCACGAUCGGGAGCUCAGAAAAGGAGGUGUUAAAGGGCUGUUUGAAGUUCGAGCUGCAGAAUAUCUAAAUUCCUAUCCUGAAACUGAACUCAGUGGAGUCAACAGAUUUCUCAAGGGGCUCGGGAACAAAAUGAAAUUCUUGCAGAAGAAAUAAGGCGCCGUCCAAACAGUCCGAAAUCUCAACGUCAUGUGCCAAGUAUGGCUUUUUCGCAAGCAUGUGAUGACUCAACCAGAUUCUCACAGUUCCUGUCCCAUAGAGAGACUCACGGGUGGAGAUGAGGUCAAGACUAGAAGACUUGCUCCACCCUAAAAACUCUCCGGCUUGGAAUUGCUGUGCCAUCGGAGAAGAGGAAAAGGCUGGAAAUUAGUUUUUAAGCAUGAGGAGGAAGAAAGUCGACUGAAUUAGACCGCGCAGGAAAUAGAGAAGGACAUUAUUGUUACUUUGAUGAAUAAGGAAAAUAAAUGGAUUGAUUGUGAGCAGUGGUUGGGUUAACAGCCAUUACAGAUGUCAUACACUUAACCUGUUAUUGUUUAUGUAUUGUUCUUAUUGUUUACUAAAAAAAUUUAUUAUUUCAGACUGAAAGAAGUCCAACUGGAAGUAAUUUGUGGUUUAAAAGAAAAUAUAAUGAAGAAUGGAUUAUAUUACUCUAAAAAAAAUUAAUGUAGGAUUCCUCAGUUGCACAGUUAAAUAUUAAAACAUUGUUUUGCUUUCUUUUUAUUAAAUGUCAAUGUACAUUUUUAAUGGCAGAGAAAAUUUUCAGUCUUUUGCAUUUUGUACAGUUUUUAAAUAUUUUAUGUAACAAGACCUUUUGUAACAUUUGAAAAUAAAAAUAUUUUAUAUGCAUUUUAA